UCUCGGAACGCCGCUCUUACUCUGUAGUUCCCGCCCAUCUGCUCAGUCUCAGCCUCUGCGACAAUGAGGCUCAAAGAGAGCUCCGCUCAUAUUUGAACUGCUGCUGCAGACAGCCAGAAACUUACCAGCGACACAACAACGGGCUGAAAUACAGAGCCAGAGCAGAGGAGCAUGGGUUGUCACAACAGCAAAGUUUGUGGCCAGGUCUCCCAGAAGAAGAAAAAAAAUAAAGCACAAGGAUCUGAGAAGCACAUAAAGGACAUCAAACUUCAAGAUGGAAGUGGUACACGCUCAUCUGUGGAGAAUCUGUUGGAGACUUGUGAGUGUCAGCUAAAGAUACUAAAUGCAGUUUUGACGGCUUCAGGAGACCAGGAGAGAGACCAGCUCCUCAAGGACCAUCCUGGAGACAUCUGCACUUUAGUCCACAAUAUUAUAGAGAAGGUAAAGACUGAGAUAACCACUGAUCUAAAUGAUCUUCAUGAAAAACAGACGAGGAGCACCUUAGAGCAGCAUCAGAGCGCAACAGAAGAGCUACAGCGAUUACACAGUGAAGAGAAGAAUGUUUUAAAUGAGUCUCAUGCAGCAGCUGAGAAUGCACUGAAGGAUCAGAUUGAAGGGCUGACGUCGGAGCUGAAGCUGUUCAACGAGUUAAAGCACAGAGCACGGGAGUCCACGCUCAAGAGAGACCUUCAGAGAAACAUUGAGACUCAUGGCAGCCCUGGUGCAUUCUGGGAGCAGGAGCAGGAGAGUCUGUUAUUUGUCAUCGAAAUGAAGCGUGAGCGUUUACAGGACCAGGGGAACAAGCUGCUGCAGAUGGAAACACUGGUGGAGAGGAAUCUGUCGCUGGAGGAUCAGCUCCUGCAGGCGCUCCAGCAGAGCGAGGACUACAGAGUGAGGAUGGACAACUACCAAAGCCUCAUACAACAACUGUCCAAGGAGCAGAACGAGCUGCAGGAGGCGCUAGAGAAGCAGGCUCUGCAGAACCAGAAGCUCAGCCAGGAGAAAGAAGAGCUGCUCUUUAAACUCAUACACCGCAGAGACUCAUGCUCCUCCUUCCACCUUCCUUCUGUCAUCCCCAGCUGACUGCAGCAUCACUGUAUCCUCACCCCGCCUGGCCUUGGUGCCUUCACAGUGAUUUUUUUAAUGCCAGUUCAUUAUGGAGAGUGCUGUGAGCAUGCAGUGCUGAUAUGGACUUAAUCACUGCAUUUAUCAUCUUAACUGGCCAAACAAAUGUUUUUGUACAUUUUUGUUUGAAGAGACGUUUCUUAUCAGUUUUUGGUUGCUUUUGAAAAUAGCUGUGGAUCUAUGCAGUUAACUCAUGUUAAGUAUUUUUGUUGUUGUACAAGGUGUACUAGCAGUUCUUCCCAUUUUUGAUAUCGGUUUUAUUAUUAUUUUUAUUUCUUUCCAGGAAACAGCAGGUAUUGUUAGUAAAUAAAAAACGUUAUAUUUUUUCCUUAAGGCAUUAUUGGAGCCAGAGCACUUGGACGUGUACAUGAAUAUCUGGGAUCAGAUGCACUUGCACUUUUAUCAGUGUUUUAUUUGUUGGAGAGA